AUGGCAGAUCUCGGUCUUCCCUUCCAUCCAGUCUCUGGGCUUCCCAAUUUUAGGGACCUUGCAGGCUGUCCGCUUCCUAUUCAGUCACGCCCUGGCUGCACGAUUAAGCCUGGCAUUAUCUUCCGCUCAGCAGAGCCAUCUCGUCUCAACCAAGAUGGGGUCUCAGCCCUUCAGGAUCUCAAAAUCUCACACGUCUAUGACCUGCGCUCCCGUACUGAAAUAGAGCGCUAUGCCACGGGAACGCGUGAAUGGCCUGGCGCUGAACGUGUCUUUGUUCCAGUGUUUCUAGAUGAAGACUACGGCCCUGAGGCGAUUGCUAUAAGAUUCAGAAACUACACAGCCGAGGGGACUGAAGGUUUCGUGGAGGCAUAUCGAGGAAUCUGGGAGGCAGGAACAAAACCUAUCAACACCAUCAUCUCACAUCUAGCCAAGCCGGACCCUUCGCCUUUACUCAUCCAUUGCACAGCAGGCAAAGAUAGAACCGGCGUCGUUUGUGCUUUCAUCCUGUCACUCUGCGGAGUGGAUGACCAGACAAUCGCCCACGAGUAUGCCCUUACAGAGGCUGGGCUUGGAGACUUCCGAGAUGAUCUUCUUAAAGCAAUGAUGAAGAUACCUGAGCUCCAAGAAAACCCCGAGGGUGCCAAACGAAUGCUUGGAGCCAGACCGGAGAACAUGCUGGCAGCCCUAGAAGCGCUACGAGAACAGCAUGGCUCUGUUGAGCAAUAUCUUGUCAAGAAUUGUGGACUGUCAGAGGAUGAUCUCCAACAGGUCCGAAGAAACUUGAUCGUACCUCACCCAGGGAGUCAAUAG